UAUGGUUGAUCACAAAUGUCUUACAAUCCCUUCCACAAGAAGCAAAAGAAAAAUACUUCGAAGAAAAACUUCUUAUCAACAAAAAUGAUGAAGUUUUCUUCUCUUCUUGUGCUUUUCUUUAUUUUCCCGAUCGCAUUGGCCCAACUGCGAGUCGGAUUUUAUAGCCGGUCAUGCCCUCAAGCCGAGACUAUCGUACGCAAUCUGGUGCGCCAACGGUUUGGUGUUGACCCAACCGUAACUGCUGCUUUGCUCCGUAUGCACUUUCACGACUGUUUCGUUAGGGGCUGUGACGCUUCCCUUCUCAUUGACUCAACCAACUCUGAGAAAACGGCCGGACCAAACGGAAGCGUUAGAGAAUUUGACCUGAUUGACCGCAUCAAGGCUCAGCUAGAGGCUGCGUGUCCCUCCACGGUCUCAUGCGCUGACAUCAUCACAUUAGCGACACGUGACUCCGUGGCGUUAGCUGGAGGCCCGAGCUACAGCAUCCCCACGGGAAGGCGCGAUGGUUUGGUCUCAAACAAUGUUGACGUGGCCCUUCCGGGUCCAACAAUCUCUGUCGCCGGAGCCGUCAGUUUGUUCACCAACAAAGGGAUGAACGUAUUCGACGCUGUGGCUCUUCUGGGUGCACAUACCGUUGGUCAGGGAAAUUGUGGUCUAUUCAAUGACAGGAUCACUAAUUUCCAGGGCACCGGACGACCUGACCCGUCCAUGGACCCAGCCUUGGUUUCCAGCUUAAGGAACACAUGUAGAAACAGCGCGUCAGCGGCACUAGACCAGUCGACUCCACUAAGGUUCGACAACCAAUUCUUCAAGCAGCUCCGUAAAAGGAGAGGAGUGAUGCAGGUUGACCAGCGGCUCGCAACAGACCGUCAGACUCGUGGUGUUGUGGCUCGAUAUGCUAACAACAAUGCCUUCUUCAAACGUCAGUUUGUUAGGGCAAUGAUAAAGAUGGGAGCCGUUGAUGUGCUUACCGGUCGUGCUGGUGAGAUUAGGAGAAACUGCAGGAGAUUCAACUGAUGACCUUGAUGAAUUACUACUAAAUGUGGACGUAAUUAUAUUUUAUAUUUUCAAGUCUUAUUUAUGUUUCUAAAUCAUUUUUGUGUGUGUUUGUUGGAUUUUUGUUGCUUAAAUAUUUUUUCGUGAAUUGGAUAUAUAGUUUCAUUUCUCGAAAAAUAUAACUAUAUGUUGGUCUGAAUAUUGAAGAUGUAUCUUAUUCUUAUUCAUUUAUUUUGUGGUAUUUAGUCUUUUUAAAAUAUUGAUCAAGUAUCUUUGUCCUGAUUAAUUAUAUAUAAACUUUUAUA